AUGGACGACUGGAACGUUUUGGGUGGAAUCCUGGAGGACGUGCACGCGCACUCCACAAUGGUGGGAAAAAUGUGGCUGACGCUUUUGCUGGUGUUCCGCAUGCUGGUUUUGGGCGUGGCGGCCGAAAACGUGUGGACGGACGAGCAGGACCACUUCGCGUGCAACACGCAGCAGCCGGGUUGUCGCAACGCCUGUUACGACCUUGCUUUUCCAGUCUCGCCCGUACGCUUUUGGGUGCUCCAGGUGGUCUCCGUGGCGUCCCCCUCGCUGGUCUACGCCGGUCAUGCCUUCUACAGGCUUAGAGUUUUGGAAAAAGCUCGACGUCUCCGAAAGGUGUCGCUCAGGAGAUACCUAGAGCAGGCGGAAGCAGAGGAAACCAAGCAACGAAUCGAACGGGAGCUGAAGCGUCUCGAACGCGGGAGGCAAGACAAAGCGCCUCUCAGGGGGGCGCUGCUGCACACCUACGUGGCUCACGUCUUCACACGUUCCGCUGUGGAAGUCGGCUUCAUGGCGGCCCAGUAUUUCCUGUACGGAAUCCGCUUGUACCCGCUGUUCAAAUGUCGGUGCUAUCCCUGCCCCGAAGCCGUCGACUGCUACGUGUCCAGACCUACGGAGAAGAGUUUCUUCAUGGUCUUCAUGCAGUUCAUGGCCGCUCUGUCCCUGAUUCUCAAUGUCCUGGAGCUCAUGAACCUAGCCUACAAGGUUGUAAAGAGGAGAGUAAUCCAAGCCUACGCAGAUGAUGAUGAAGACGAUGACACAAGUAAAAAAGUGUCCUUCGUGUAAAUGCGUUGAGAGGUACAGAGCCCCAAACAUGACAUGAAUGAAAAAAA